AUGGCAAAUAAUGCAAGUGAGGGUGCUAGAGCCUUGCAUCUGGAAAGAGAGCGGGCAUCUAUGCUAGACCAGAUUCAAAAGCAAAAGGAUCAAAUAUCAAAGGAUAGAACUGUCAAAGUAGGAUCGGACAAGUUUGUUGCCCAGAACGACUGGGUUGAUUCAGAACUUAAACGACAAACAGUCGGACUUGUUCGACUAGAGGAUUUUCAACGUAUCCGGUCUAACCUAGAAGAGAAAAAACGACAAGAUGAUUUGGAAACGUCCUUGACCGGAAAGACUCUAGACAAGAGCAAAAAGUCGAAAAAGCGUACUACUACAAAGGCAGUUCUUUCAUUUGAUUUUGACGAGAAUGGGGAGGAGCAGGAUCAAUCUGAAGAUUUUUUUGAUCAGCCAUUAAAAAAGCCUAAAAAGAAUCCCAACGUGGAUACAAGUUUUUUACCCGAUAAAGAGCGCAAGGCACAGGAAAUGUUGGAGCGGAAUAAGCUUGAAAAGGAGUGGCAUGAUCAGCAAGAGAUUAUAAAGAACGAUCGUAUCAUUGUUACAUACAGUUUCUGGGAUGGAUCAGGCCAUCGAAAGCAAGUUGAAUGUAAAAAGGGCGAUUCAAUUCGUCAGUUUUUAGAAAAAUGCCGUGUACAAUGGCCACAGUUAAGAUCUGUAAAUGUGGACAAUUUGAUAUACGUCAAGGAAGAUUUGCUGAUUCCAUCUCACUACUCCUUUUAUGACUUUAUCAUUAAUAAGUCCCGUGGUAAAUCUGGUCCACUAUUUAAUUUUGACGUUCGCGAUGAUGUUCGACUUGUUAAUGACGCCCAUAUAGAAACAGAAGAUUCUCACGCAGGAAAGGUGAUGGAACGUUCGUGGUAUGAAAACAACAAACACAUUUUCCCAGCUAGUCGCUGGGAGGUUUUUGAUCCUCACAAGGAUUAUGGCAAGUAUUCGAUCAAAGAUAAAAACAAGGAUUGA